CUCCCUUCUUUUUUUAUAGCACUACCCCUGCUCUCUCACUUUCCUCUCCGCCGAUGUGGUACAUGUUUCUCUUCAGAUCAGAUCGCAGCUUCUGCCCUACUCUCACAGAGAAUUCACCAACAAAGACAAGCAGCUUCUGCCCUACUCUCGCGUGCUUUCCAAAUUUUAAUCUCUCACAGCCACAUUUCACACCCAACACAAAAAAAUCACCCCUCCAGAAUGAACCUGAAAUCCCUCUUCUUCUCUUUCUCGUCUGUCCUUGUUGUCUUCCUCGCAAUCUCAUUCGGUUUCACCAGAACAAGCUAUUACAAAGCCCGACACCUGAAAUCGACACUCUCGUCACAUCCCGCAUUCUUUAAGAGACUUCCAUGGUUUCUUCGCCCAACCCCAAAUCCGAAGCCGACCCCAAUGACGGAACUCGGUUCUGUUCCGCCUUACUGUGUCCUUUGGAUGGCCCCUUUUCUUUCAGGUGGUGGGUAUAGUUCUGAAGCUUGGUCUUACGUCUUGGCCCUUCAUGAACACAUGAAAAACCCUAGAUUUAGGUUGGCUAUUGAGCAACAUGGGGAUCUACAGAACUUAGAAUUCUGGGAGGGUUUGCCCCAGGACGUCAAGAACUUGGGUGUUGAGCUUUAUCAGACAGAGUGCAGAAUGAAUGAGACUGUUGUGGUGUGCCAUAGUGAGCCUGGAGCUUGGUAUCCCCCAUUGUUUCAGACCCUUCCCUGCCCACCAUCUGGGUAUAGAGAUUUCAUGUUUGUAGUUGGUCGGACGAUGUUUGAAACCGAUAGGUUGAAUAUCGAGCAUGUAAACCGCUGCAAUCAAAUGGACCUUGUCUGGGUUCCUACUGAGUUUCAUGUUUCUACAUUCAUUCAAAGUGGGGUUGAACCCUCCAAAGUCGCCAAGAUUGUUCAACCCAUUGACAUAAAUUUCUUCAAUCCUGAAAAAUACAGGCCAUUGGAUCUUGCUUCUGCAGGGAAUUUAGUAUUAGGUAAAACUUCCGGAGGCUCGAGUUCAGAGAAAAAUGAGUUCGUAUUCUUGAGUGUUUUCAAAUGGGAGUACAGGAAGGGAUGGGAUGUGUUGUUGAAGGCAUACCUGAAAGAAUUCUCUUGGGUUGAUGGGGUUGCUUUGUAUCUGUUGACAAAUCCAUACCAUUCUGAUAUAGAUUUUAGUAAUAAGAUAGUGGAGUUUGUGGAGGAUUCUGAUAUUGACAGACCAAUCAAUGGUUGGGCUCCAAUUUAUGUGAUCGAUAUUCACAUUAGUCAAGCUGAUCUGCCACGAGUGUACAAGGCAGCUGAUUCAUUUGUUCUUCCUUCAAGAGGGGAAGGGUGGGGUAGGCCCGUUGUGGAGGCAAUGGCAAUGUCACUGCCAGUGAUUGUGACAAACUGGUCUGGACCUACAGAGUUUUUGACAGAGAAGAAUAGCUACCCUUUGCCCGUGAAUAAGAUGAGUGAAGUGAUGGAAGGGCCAUUCAAAGGUCAUCUUUGGGCUGAACCUUCUGUCUAUAAGCUUCGAGUUCUAAUGAGGCAAGUCAUGACUAAUAUUGAAGAAGCUAGAGCCAGAGGAAGGCAGGCGAGGUUGGACAUGGCAAACAGGUUUUCCCCUGAGAUUGUUGCUGGGAUUCUUGCUGAUCAUAUAGAAAACAUUCUAAACAAGAGGAAUUGAGAGGGUUUCGGUUCUUUCCUGAAGAUGUUAAGCGUAACAUUGCUUGUGUUCCUCGAGUUUGUUCUGUUUAUCCAUUCAGUGAAUAAGAUGAGUGAAGUGAUGGAAGGGCCAUUCAAAAGGUCAUCUUUGGGCUGAACCUUCUGUCGAUAAGCUACGAGUUCUAAUGAGGCAAGUCAUGACUUAUAUUGAAGAAGCUAGAGCCAGAGGAAGGCAGGCGAGGUUGGACAUGGCAAAUAGGUUUUCCCCUGAGAUUGUUGCUGGGAUUCUUGCUGAUCAUAUGGAAAACAUUCUAAACAAGAGGAAUUGAGAGGGUUUCGGUUCUUUCCUGAAGAUGUUAAGCCUAACAUUGCUUGUGUUCCUCGAGUUUGUUCUGUUUAUCCAUUCAGUUUUAAACUCCAUCUCAAAUCUUGGUGAGCUUAGGCUGUUGAACGGAGUUGCUUAACUUGUAGAACAGAUCCCAAGCUGCCAAUGACCUCUUCAAUCAUCAUCUCUAUUUCCACACAGCACGUCAGUUUUACCUAAUAAAUAUUUGUAUGAAUACAGGGAGAUGACAUAUAUAUGUAAAUUACUUCCUCCACAAAAAGUACAAAUUACUGAAUGUGGGUGAUCUUGACAUUGCAAAGGCUGCUUCGAAGGCAUUUAAUUGAAAAUUACAAGCUGGCAGCAAACCGUAGACAAGACAAGAAGCAGUUCACUCGCACAAUAGGGGCCUGGAAUAAAAGGGCUGCUGUAAAGUGUCCAUCCCCCCCUCCCCCUUUGAAGAGCAAACGUCAACAGUAUAUACCUAAAUUAUUCAAAAUAUUUCAAGUUGGGGUUUUGGGUGCAUCAGGAUGUCAUUCAAUUUUACUUGCAGAAAAUGGGUCACUCUCAGCCUUUAGAAGUUAUGGACUUCGAAAUGCAAUGAAGAUUUUGUUGUGGGUAUCCAAUGAAGAAAGAGGUUUCUUGCUCGGCUCAUUUAUUCAAAUUUAGUGAACAUCUUUAGGCAUGCAUUGGCUGCACUUCAACCCUAGGGUGUGUUUUUACCAUUCCAUCUCAUUUGAUGUUAGACCAAUGUAACAGAGAAGCAAGGAGUAGGAUUACAAAAGUGGAGUCCAAAGAGCAUUGGUAUAAUAUUUUGUUCCAUGUAGUGAUUUUCAAACGGAAGCUACAUGUUUGUUUGCAUGCUUUUGAUGAAGUUCUGGAACAAUGUUGGUGGCUUGUAUUUUUCAACUGUGAAGUUGGUAAUAUUGUUGAACUAUUUCCCUUUCAUGUGUUAACUAAACAGUCAAUCCAUAUGUAACAUAUGUACUUGUUUAAUGCAGUUCAAGUGAGAGAUAUUUAAUGA